AUGGCUGCGCCAUCCACAGAGGUAGCAGCACUUCUCGAUGACGAGAUCCGGAGCGUCUUCACAGAACUCGAGCAAUGGGGUGAGUGUGCCGGCUUGUACGUGCACGGCUCCACGAUUUUCUUGAACAACUACAUCCCGAAUGACCUAGAUCUAAUUGCCAUCAUUGACGGCGCCAAGAAGCCAAUUGAUUCUGGCUCCAAGGAAGCUCAAGUCAUCGUUGGACGAUGUGAGAUCUCAUUUUACACUCGUGAUUACUUUCUUCAACGGCUUGAAGCCAUGGACAUGACUAUGUUGACGUGUUUGUCAACGCCUCGACGCUUCGUCUUGAAAGAGCUUGAAGACGAGCGAGUGUCCAAUUUCAGGCUCAAUUUAGAUGAGCUUGAGGAUAUGACGUCUUCCUACGCAGAGUACACGUGGAUCAAGUCGCAUCAGCUCCUUGACAAGAUCAAGAAUGUCUACAAAGCCCGCAAAAACACAUACUUUGCCUUCCGGCUCUUGGAUUUUGGCUGUCAGCUGGCGGAGCAUGGUUGCAUCAUUGAUCUGACGGCCGCCAAUUCGAUUUUUUCCUCUGCCCUGCAAAUCUGGGAACUGCUGGCCAUCGAAGCUGGUGACUGGGAUGUUGUUGAAGCCAUUUUUGGACAUCAGUUCCAAAAAACGCGAGAGCGCUUCAAUUGUGGGAUGGUUCAGGCGAGAUCGGAGACGAAGGCCAUGGAGAAGAUGUCGAAGAAAACCGAUGAGGUCAACGAAGGAAAUGAAGAAGAUCAAGACAAGGCGGACAAGGAGGGCACGGCGCACAAGGACAUCGACGACACCGACGACCUCUGCGGUUUGUGCCUCCUGUGCAACGAAGCUCUUCGAAGUGCGACAGAGUUCAAGGUGAAGCCCAUUUCCCCGGCGAUCUUGGAUGAGAGCUGGGUGCCACUGGCCAAUUGUGGCCACUGCUUCCACUUGCAAUGCAUUGCUUCCUUCGUCCGGAGCUGCAGCAGAACAAAGAAAGGUGGCGCUUGGUGUCCCACGUGCGACGAGCGACUUCGCGUGAAGGUGGUGACCUGGCGCGCCUACGAGAAAUGGGGCGUGAAGGGAAGAGACUUGAUGAUCGAUGAGACGAAAUGCCGAAUGCGUGUGAUCCUAUUCCGCUUGAUGCCACCGGUGCAACCCGGAGUGGCGGAGAAGACGAAAAAGGAUGCAGAGAUUGAGAUGCAGUGGAGCGGUGCCAAGCUAGCGGACUGCAGUCCAGACAUGAUGUCCUUUGCCUCUCAGAAAGCCAAGGCGAAAGACUUGGGGAACAUGGCGUUUCAGAAGCGUGAAUACGCCUUGGUGGAGGCGACGAAAGCCAUCAAAGAGAACCGAGCAUGGAUGGAGUACUACCAGGAAGCCUCGGAAAUGUUUGAGAAGGGCCUUGAGAAAGAGCCUAGCAACAAGGAUCUGGUGGCUUGGGCUCAAAAAGCGCGGGACAUCAGAAACCAGCAUCAACAGGACCCGCAGGGCCUUGAGAAGCUGGUGAAAAAGCAUACCACGGAUUACUCCAAGUUCGAUUCGCUUGUGCAGCAACAACAAGGCGAAGAAGAUGAGGAGGAGGACGAUCCGAGCCGCCGCGAGUGGCGGAUCGAUGCGAAGCCCGCGCCCAGCCGAGUGGACUACAGCGACUCCCAGCAGGCGCAGGCGAUUGCAUUGUUCCUGGAACGGCAGAGCGAUGUUCAGUACGCUGAGGAGCUUCUGAAUCUUCUUGACCAGAAUGCAACGCCGAUCGAAGUCUUUGCCAAGGCUGUGCGGGAUGUUGUGGGUCAUCUCAUGGGUGCUACCAAAGCGGAUGGUACGCGGGAGAAGCACAACAUGUUGGGCAACGAUGCACGAUGGUUGUUUUUGGGCAUUGGCUGUGGACUCCCUCUGCUCACAGCAGCGAGGUAUUUGCCAGCAUCAGACAUUGUAGCCAACACCGCGCAUCGUGCAGCCUACAUCGCUGACCUUUGUAUGACCAUUGCUCGAGAGAACGGAUUGAAAUCGCAGCAGGUGAAGUUUGUUCAUCGCCCCUCCCAUGAGCUGGCUGUGGUCGAUCCGGACGGAGAGGAUGAGAACAAUUUGACAGGGAAAGUGGAUGUCGUCGUACUUGACUACGAACUCUUCGAUCCUGGCUUGAUUGGAAAAGGCGUUUUGGCAAGGAUCAACCACGUGAAGAAACGCCUAGCCACCUCAGAUCAUAUGAUCAUGCCUAUGGGUGCUCAGAUUCUUUGUGCUCCGUGUGAAAUCCGUUGCCCUCGGGCUGGACUGAUCAAUUAUUUGGCCACGGAGGUCGUAGUGGAGACCGGCAAGGCUCCAGAACGUCCUGCCAGAGAGAAUGGUAUUGACACCAUCGUGAAAUAUCAAAUCCGAGUCCACAACAACAUGAGUUCAAGUGAUGUAGACGUGCAAGCGGAGUUUGCCAAGUAUGUCCGCUUCGAGGAUGGAGCAGUCAACAACCCUGAGGAUGCAGAGAUGUUCGAAAGAAGCGGGGAUCUCGUUGGAGUUCUUGCCUUUCAUCCACCGCAUGGAGAUGUACGAUUCCCCAUGGACAAAACCUUCUAUUGGUUCAGUUUAAGUGGACCUUGUCCAAACAUGAAGAAUGGAGACAAGAAGAGCUCGAACUGUACGAAAUAUCAGGAGGGCUUAGUGCCAGCCAAAAAGAGCCAAUAUGUGGCAGGAGGCCUUUGCAAUCGCAUCUUUACAUCGAACAUACCAGAUGGCACGCCUGGAUGCAGUUACUAUGUCGAAAACUACACCAAGAUGAAUCUCGAUGAGAUUGUCGGUGUCACAAAGGAAGAUUGUGGUGGCCGCAAAUGUGCCAAUUGGAAGGACUUUCGCCUUCAUUGCAGUAAUCCCAAUUUGACCUUCACUUCUUUGGGAGUGAAAUAUUGCAAGGAAUAUGACUACCUAGGCUGUGUGACUUCAUGCCAAGACCAAUCCUGUGGCGAAGCUGGUAAUGAAGUUGGUAUCCCUUUUUGGAUGGGUCGUUGCAAUGCCAGUCGCAAUGCCUUCCGUGCAAGAUUUCUUGAGAAGGCAUUUGGAGGCAGCAUCAUUGAUGACUUCUAUGCACAAAACCCUCGAUGCGAUCAGUAUGGGCCAAUGUGCAACAAGCCUGCACCAGAUGCUGGCGUCUCCUAUUGCCAUAGGGAUGACUCUGGAAUCUGCGACGCUUGCUAUGUGCCAGGCACACUGCGCUCAGUCGUUCCUCCCUCACAAGCUCCAUGCCGAAUUGACCUCUUUUUGAAUCACAAGCUAAAACAAUACCAGGAUGCACUGCCUCAGUGUGAUUCUGAGUGUGAUGCUGAUGCCGAGUGCAGCUUGGCCACGGGAAGUUCGGCUUGCUGUGUUUACCUUGGGAAAUGCAAGAGGACUUGGAAGACGGAAGACUGGGGCAGUUGCAAUGCGACGUGUGGCAAUGGAAGCAAGUUCCGAGAGGUGCAGUGUCCCUUUCAAGAGAUCUUCGGCGCCUGUGACGCCGCGACGCGGCCGAGCAACGCGUCGUUUUGUCGCGGCGACCGUUGUCCCUGGAGCAAAAGCUUUGGAAAUUGGAGCGACCAAUGCGACAACCGCUGUGGCGAGGGCAGCCAGAAGCAAGCGUUAAUAUGCGACUGCCCCGAGGCGGAAAAUCAGAGCUGUCCUUUGGAAGAGUGUGCCAAAUCUGAAAAGCCGAAGAAUGUACCAUCUCGGCCAUGCUUUCCGCUUCAGAAGCCUUCGGCGGCGGAGUUUUGCCACCUUUGUGGCGAAGCGGACACAUGCCAAGGAUGCACCGAGGGCUACGAUGUCAACAUCCGAACCGGGAGGUGUGAAAAUGCCAAGCGAAAUCGCUUAGUACUUGUGACCUAUGAGCUCCAUGCCCUAAACCUGGCACUAGAUACCAAUGAUUGGUUGGCGUCAGCAUUUGUGCCUGCAUUCAAAGACACGGUGUCCUCACAAAUCACAGGGUCCUCGUUGGACGUGCUCAAUGUCAGUGUCAGCCAUGUCGGUCUUCCGAACAGCUAUAGCGGCUCGACGUUCAUCGUCACCGAUGCCCAGAACUCGAGCGUGAAAGUGGUGGUGGCCGUUUCGCCAAGCGAGAACAGCGAUGCCUCCUUAGCCAACUUGACUCAGCAGCUUACGCAGACAGACUUUGCACAGUUGGCCGACAGUCUUCCAAAAACUCUGAUGAAGCACGGCUGCACAUCAGAAAGAUGUCAGAUGCCGAAGGAUUUGGUAUGGACAAUGCAAGAGCCAAACAUUCUUUGCCCUGAUGGACAGUGGACAUCGAACCAAUGUUUGCUCCCGUCAUCAUCCGGAUUUCCAGUGUGGGCAAUCAUUACGAUAUCCCUCAUCGUCCUCAUUGCAAUCGCAGCCGCACUUGUGUGGACUUGCAGCAAAAGAAGACAGGAGAAUUCACGGCUCCUUGGUUAG